AUGGGGAACGGACCUUUGGAGCGACAGCUCCAAUUUGAGAAGAAGAACCAGAAUCUCGUCAAGCUCCCAAAAUACGCCAAGGUCGAGAAGCGGCCUAUUCCUCAUGCACCAGUUGCCUCCCCAUACGCUGGUGCCUCGGUGCCCAAGGUCGUCUACGUAUCCAGCGGCACGCCGUUCAUGAGUGCCGUAAAGCGCGUCCAGAAAUUACUCCGCCAGGCCGAGAAGCGCGCUACGGCUAAUAUCAGCCUUGAGGAUAGCCGAAAGACGGAACAACAGAAACUUGCGGAGCUUGCCAAGGUCGCUGAGAAGCGGGAAGAGGUGUUUGUGAAGGCUACCGGACGUGCGAUCGAGAAGGCACUGAACGUAGGAAAGUGGUUCGAGGAGAAAGAAGCCGAGUACACUGUCCGGGUGAAAACCGGCAGUGUAAUUGUUGUCGAUGAUGUCGUCGAGGAUGAAGAGAAGAAGGAGCGGGAGCUACAGAAACAACAGCGCCAGGCGGGAGUGCAACAAGACGGGCAGCGAGAUAGCCAAAAGAGCUCUGAAGGGAUCCCCGAUCCGCAAAAAGUUGCAUCAAGGAAUGCCGCGAAGAAAAAGACGAAGCGUCCGGCUUCUGCCAUAUCCGAAGACACCGAGCUUCCUGAGACCCGAACACGAUGGGUCAAGAUGGUCGAGGUGGCUGUUAGCCUCAAGUGA